CGCCGUGUUUUGUUUACACCUCCUUUUGUUCUCUCUCUAAUACACAGAGUCUGUGACCAUCAAACCUCACCCAAUCUCACCUCGACCUCGACCCCCUUGUACUCCAAUCACUAUGCUACCCAAACACUCUCAAACCCUCCCAACAACUCUACAAUCAGAACUGCUUCCUUCAAACCCCACACGAUCCCAACUCCCACCUUUGCUUCUUCCUCGACAAUUACUGCUACUUCGGCCUCAAUUUCUUCUACCCUAAUGGUGCAAAACUUCAAGUUUUAACCCCCUAAUCUUCCAAGCCGAAUCAACCGAAGAACAACUUGAAGCUCUCUUCGAUUACCACCAUGUUCAACCCUUCGAUGUUGUCUGCCUCGACGGUCUAUCCUUUUCUCUCUCUCUCUCUCUCUAUAUAUAUAUAUAUAUCUUUGUAUUGUGAUUUGGACAGGGAUGUUAGUUUUAACAAGUUAGUGGGAGAAAUUCCAAAUGACAUUACUGGAAAGAAUUUGAAGUUUGUGUAAGUAUGAUGCCCAAAAUUUAUGUUGCAUUUGGUUAUGUUUUAAACAGUACUUUGUUUUUUCUCCUAUGGAUCUAAAAGUUAUUAAAGCAAGGCAAAGUGGUUUCUAGAAACAGAAUUUGUACUACUGCAAUCUGGUCACCUUUGGAGAUUUGCCAUUUGUAACACAACUUUUAGUUUUCCUCUAUUUUUCUUUCCAUUAUUAAUCAUCUUUUUUGUUUGUCAAUAUUUUCCCUCAAAACAUAGAGAGAGUUAAAGGGAUGAAGAUUAUGGUUUGCAUAUUGUCAGUGUCACAGGAUUCUGGCUUGAUAUUUUGCAAAGUUAAUCCAUUUCAAUGUAUAUCUUUAUUUACAUAAAUGCGUAGUUAUUUUAUUCCUCUUCAUUUCCUUGCAUUUAAUUUCAAUCCCAACAUUGCCUGCACUAUAAAUGGGGUUAUUUGUACACUUUAGGCGGAGUGGACGAAGCAAAAAAUAGGAUAGUUCUGCUCACAUUGCAUAUUCUUUGUUGGUUUUGAUUGCUAAUAUAUUUUACUGUCUUUUUGAUCAUAUAUAUUUUAAUGUUGAGUAACUUCUUUUUUACUUGAAUGGAAGCAUGUGCAGAAAGUCAAUAGGCCCAUCAUGACUUGUGUGCUGUGACUACUCAUUUUGGCAGAUCAUGGGUUCACAUGGCUUCAUGACAUCACAUAAAUGGCGUGACACAAUUGGAGCUUUUAUAAAUGUUGAGGCAUCUGGGACAGGAGGCCUAGGCCCUGAUCAGCCUGCUUGUCAGGAGAACAUGAAUCUAUACAUAAAGAGAAUUCUUCCAUGCAUGAAAGACUUCAAUUGUCCAAGAUGAGCACUAUGUCAUUGAUAUGCUUUGGGCGGUUCUCAAUAAUUUUUCCAUGGAAAAUUAGAUAAAUUUUUGAAGAAGAUUCCCAUACUGUCCGCGGGUAUGGGAAUGUCGCCGCCAGGGAUUGGUACAUGGAGCUACCUGACGCAGUUUGCCACAUCGUGGAUCAGGCCGGCUUCGGCGCAUUCUGUAGGGGACUCUCCCGGCUUAUUGCGAGCAGGCCUCUCCUCGUCGCUCUAGUGGAGAGGUAGUGGGACACCACCGACUCAUUCCACUUUUCUGUCGCGGGAGACAUGACGAUGACUCCCUAUGAUUUCUCGAUGCUCACCGGUAUCAGGGUAGGGGGUGAUCUGAUCCCUUUCGACAUAGACAUGGAUGAGUGGGAGGCUGCUCAGAUCUACUUACUUGGCGAGGUGCCGCCUCUCGCGUGUCCUGGCUUCGUCAGGUAUUCAUGGUUCAAGGUCCAGUUUAGAGUUCAGCCGGCCUUAGUUGAGGAGGCUCCGAUGACCCAGGAGGCGGUGGAGCGAUAUGCACGCGGCUUCCUCAUGUUUCUGUUGGGGACGACUAUCUUCGCCGAUCGAGCGAACACCGUGCCCCUCUAUUUGUUGAGCGCACUGGUGGACAUCACACGGAUUCUACGCUUCGACUGGGGUGGCGCUGCUCUAGCCACUCUAUACGAAUACAUGAGCUCAGCCUCCCGUUGUAGCGGGCAGUUACUCGGGGGUUACUGGCGAGCUUGGGAGUUGUGGGUCUACGCCUACUUUUCGAGACUCGCCCCAGUGCCAGACGUGGAGACCCUUCUCGUUGUUCCGUUCUCGCGCCGCUUUGACAUGAGGUGCGUGCGGAGGCCCCAGGAGACGUUUAUUUUCUUCCGCCGCUACUUCGACACCAUCACCCCCGCAGAGAUCACUUGGCAGCCUUGGGCUCCAUUGCCUGCGAUGAUUCGAGAUCGAUUUGCUAGUGCAGAAGAGACUGCACGUUUCAGGAUUUUACUGGAGGGCCCGGUUUGUCGGGCUUGGUACCUGGGUGAGCGUUUCUUACACCAGACCUUGGGUUUGCCAGAGCAGAUAGUUCCGGGUCCGCCUCCUACCCAUAUGAGGGACAUCGAAAGGUGCACUGCCGAGGAGAUGGCCGAUUACACGAUCGGCUGGGACGCGGAGGGCUUUAGGGGCGAGGGUGACUACUCAGAGUACGUUCGGAUGUAUGUUAUGCGACCUCUGAGCGGUGGCCGUCGAGUUCAGGGAGAGAGGCCCGCGGCGCCGACAGCUAGGGCAGGAGCGGGGGCUGGGACAGGAGCAUCGAGGAGAGCUCGGGUCCGCGGCAGGGGUGGAGUUCAGAGAGGGCGGGGGGGGUGGCUAGCCUGCACUGCCCACUUCGCUGACAUACAGAGGGCAGGGUGGGACGACCUACCAGAUCCCCUUUUGCUCCUCCUCCGGCUGACCACGAGUUGGUCGGUUUCCAUGACUUGCCUCCAGCUUCUUCUGAGUAUACCUGGCAGUCCUUGGAGCUAAAUGCCUCCAUGAUGGGGAUGUUGCAGCGGACUUUCGACCUCCUAGCCCUUUAUAGUAUUCCGCCUCUUUUCCAGAUUCCCACUAUGGGAGGUGUUCCAGCCAGGCCUUCUGCUCCUGCCGAAGGAGAUGGAUAGGGCAGAGUAUUCCCCCGCACCAAGGCGGGGCGCACUCACGUCGGGAGUAGCUCGCGGGCUCCAGUCCCUGAUGACGAUGACAAGGAGUCAGAGUCGGAGGCGGAGGCGAAGGCAGAGUCGUCGGAGGAGGAGACCAGAGACAGCUCGGACUCGGGCUCAGAUGACAGCGCUGAUGAUGCUCCUGGACCUUCGUCCAGGAAGAGGACUAGGACGGACUCCCAGGCUUGAGAUCCUUUGUCAUUGAUCCAGAUUUU